CAUUCAUGUGCCAUUUCAAAAGACACUAGUGGUGUUUGCAGUCACGCUGCAGAUUAGCCUUACUGCUACUACAGUGAAUAGUUCAUUUGUUGUUUUAAAAAUAUUUUAGUUAGUUGAUGCUAAUAUUUGUGUGUAGUUUGUAGUAUCUAUGGCCGAUUUGGACACGUCAGUCAAGGCACGUGGAGUUGGGGUGUUUCUCGAAUUAAGGAAAAGGCUACAAAGUGGACUUCUAAUUAUCGGGAAAGAUGUCGCUGGAAACCCCAUUGAUGUGUUUGUGACCGGUAGAGAUUCCUCUCUUCACCUCCGGACCCCCACAGCCGAGGUGACCUUCAUUUUGCCACCAGGAGUCUCCUACAUGGAUGAAUCCUGCAUUCUGACACCAGGGGGAGAAUCCUGUGAUCGAGAGCGCCAUUUCAGGCUACGAAUAAGUGUUUCACAUAACAAGACUGAAGAGUCCUUGAACAUACUAAGAACACUGCGGGCUCAGGAGACUUAUAGCUUCUACUGUCAGAGCUGUACAACCAGGCUGCUCGAGGAUAGAUUGUUCAAGCGAGUACUUCCUCUCCCAAAUGGCAACUGGAACGCCAUUGUGGACGAUUGGUGCUGCCAUGCAGAUCCUUUCGCAAACAAGAAGAUGCUGCCCGGAGCUGAGGAUUGUUUUCUGGGUGACACCUUCUUUCUCCUCACAAGAGAUGGCAGCUGUGAACAGACCCUUCUCCAGGACGUGAGCCCUGCUGACUCACAGGAGAGUCAAGAUCCGAAAAAAAAUUGCCGCAGACUGACACUUGUGUCCUGUGGGAGCUGUUCCGCAAUUCUCGGAGAAGCGCCAACACCGGAGACCCUCAGGCUGUACAUCACACAGGUGACGGUGGAGUCCAAUGUAGGGGACAGAAAGCCGGAGUCUUCAUUCAGCAGAUCUUGCUUCCUGGAGAGGACUGUUGCAGCAAGGCUUGCAGAACUUUCCAACUCGAUGAGUUCCUUCCACUUUUCUGUCCAAACACAGAGUGGAAAAACGUUCUUGCUGCUCUGGCUGCUGAACAGUGAUUCCAUCAUAGCAUCAGUCCCAGAGUGGUCUGCUAGCACCCACACUCAUCACAGUCCAUCACUGAGGGCUGGAAGAGCACUCAAAGUCCUCUACAUAGCCUGCUCUCAUAUGGGGGUCCAGCAGCAAGACGUAGCCACCAGCUGGGAGGUCAAUGCCACAGGACACUCUGUGGUGCUCCCGCUGAAGGUGUGCGAGGAGUUGCUGCAAGUGAUUGAAGACAGCAAUGCUACACUUCCUGCAUCAAUGCGUCAGAUGAGAGCCUAUAAGGGUGCGGAGAGGGGCUGGAACCGAUCCGAGCUCACUUCGGGCAGAAGGCAGACUACCCCCUGAACCGAUCGCCAGUUAGUCGCAGGGCACAAAUGAACAUUCACACCGACAACCAUACCGUCACUGAGUGGGAACCGAUCCCACGCUGACGGCAUACGCCAGGCGAGUGCAUCACUACACCAUCACUGACUUUGAGAUUGUUGUGAUUUUUUUCCCCCCAUGUUUUUUCAGAGAUGAGAAUCACAGUAGAGAAAAUAGUUGGGAAAAACGUACUUGUCAACUUCUGGGUGGGGUUACGGACAACGACCACCUUGAGCCAAAAGCUACUUGUCGAGGGGUUGGGGUGCUUUGAUCCUCAUGCAAAACAGGCACAUUCACUGAGGUAAACAGGCACGAAUGGCAAUAUGCGUGAGGUCGAUUUAGCACCAGCUAAUGCUAACAUUAGCCCACGUCCAUCGGUAGCACCAAGAAGAGUUCAACUUCACCUCUCACCUCUCAUUGAUGUACACUGGAAAAGGCACCCAAAAAAAACUCAGACACCAAGUGGAGGAGGAUGUCGUCGUCAAUUCUGUCAUUUUGCUUCUGCAUCAUGACAUUGAUUGAAAACACAUCAGUGAGUCCACUUUUGAAUGGCUUAAGAAAAGAAAAUGAAGGUUAUCUCGUGGCCAGGUCCAAGUGCAGACUUGAAACUGAAAUGCUUCAAAAUUAAAUCUGAAACAUUAAAGUCGGGGAAAUUAUGCUGAAAUACAAAUGUUUGUGAAUGAGAAACUGUUUUCAUGGCACUGUAUAACCAAAUCAACAGGCUGCAAGGCUGAUGGCAACAAUCUAGGGAAAAACUCAUGGAACAGUGCAAGCAAGACAAGCCACAAACACACUUGACCUCAGCAUGAGAAGAAAAAAAGGGGCCAGGCUUUCAGUCAUGUGACUAUACAGACUCACGAGUCAUCAGCGAAUCACAAGAAUUUGUUAUUAAAUUCUUGACCUGAGCCACGCGCGGGAGUGAUCAGUCUGUAUUUGAAACAGCGCCCCUGGUGGUCAGAAAAAUGAACUGGAAUUUCCUCAUUGUCAGACUUAUAAAGACUGAAGGUUGCAAUUGGUUUAAUGCAUAGAAAA